AUGUCUAGCACAACUAUCACCAAUAACCCACAGGAGGUUGCCGAGGAUCUUAACGUCAGCUUUGAUCUACCACUCCGACUGAAAUCCUCUUUGCCGCAAAACACAAUUUCUAUCACACCUUCUGUGUUUACCUCACCAUCUUCUGUCGAUGAUUUGGCCCAGACAUCGGUUACGCCAUCUGACCAGGAAGACGCUGGUGCUACAUCUGGAAGCGGCACCAUCUUUGGUAUUUCUUUCCCAUGUCCUGCUCCUCCUCCCAAUACUCCAGCCGAGAGCAGUGAUGGCAUCUCUGUUUCAAGCGAACCAUCACCUAAAUCUGGUUGGACUGGAGAAUACUCUGAUCCUAGUACCUCUUUCACUGGCACGUCUGAGCUCGAUUGGACAGAGGAAUACUCUCAAUCUGAUCCUGUUACUCCUACCACUAGCAUUUCUAGGCUUGGUUGGACGGGAGAGUACUCUACCUCUGGGGUCGAGCCUGAGCAUUUAAUGGCAAGACUCAGCACUUUGGCCAAUACAUCAGAGGACGAGCCUGGCAAAACCCAGAGUGGAGAUGAGGAAAUAUCUUCUGGAGACAACUCUCCGACUAAAGGGGAUGAAAGUGCUUCCACUGCCAGAAACAUCGGUCCUGAAGAAGAAGAAGAGGUAGCCAGGUUGGCACGUCGGGCUAUCUGGGGUAUGACUCCUCGCUCAGCCAUGGAAUCUCUAGACAUUGAGCAAGUCAACUCUGGCGUUGUUACCAUCACAAACUCGGUUGCUCAGCCCCAAUCUGCUGUUUUUUGCAGUAUUGAGGAUGAACCUGUUCCCGAGGCUGAAGAGGCUGUGGUGUUCCCUCCUACUGAGGCCAAGUCCACAAGAGACGCCAAAUUUGUCAAGCGAGAAGAGGACAGUCACAUUAGUCGUGUAGCUUGCUGCAUGAAUCUCUUCAAGAUGCGUAGCAAACACGAGCCUCAGGCGCCAGUCCACCAACCCAAGCACGCCACUCUCUCACCAACAAAGUCUUGCCUCAAGCCACCUACUUCUCGGGCUGGCAUUGUUCUUGACAGAAUCGAGGAAGACAGCCCUUGUGAUCCUGUCCCAGCACUCAAGCCAUCAAAAGGCGCAAGGGUUACUUUCGAUCUAAAUUCCAAGGUCAAGUCCUAUCUCGAUUUCAACCUCGUUAGCGAAAUGAGCUACGAGGAGACCCAGGGCACUUCCGAUGAGGAAGAAGAACUUGAUCCAGACUCGCCUUUUGCAGCACAAGACCUAGAAAUAGAACGCCGUCUUGCAAGAGCUGAUGCCUACCGUGACGCCAAUGAACGCGCUGCUAUUCUUCGAGGCGCGCUGGACUUUCUCUUGGUUGUCUGCGAUAGAGUCGACAGUGUUGCUGCUGAUGGCAUCAGAUUUCUCUUGGACAAGACUGGGGAUAGGUGCCUUGGGAGCUAUACUGGGGAAGAAAAGGAUCACGUAAAUCCUCACCAGUAUGGCAACAAGGUUGACCAGAGGUUGUACCGCUCUAAGGAGACGGCUAUGUCUUAUAAGAGCAGACGACGGUCUCGAAACACUGUUCGUUUGGGAAGUUGUUGGUUGUGA